AGUUCAGUCUGCUUGCUGCAGAUUAGUGAGGGGUGGGUAGUUUUACAGAGAGGGUCAGCACAGUUGGCGCUAGUCAUAUUUUAGCAGGUCUCUGCUUGUCACUCCUCCUGACAUGUGGAAUGGAGACAGAGCAUUUAUUCACAGUUGGAAUAACACAACACAGAUGACAGCUUCCUCUUAGAGCUGGAAAAUCCCAGAUGGCUCUCACACAAGUGCAGGACCAGCUUGCUAAAGGGGAAAGGAUCAAUAAGGAAACCGGAGAGCUGAGUGCUUCAGGGGAGUUAUCUGUCUCUGUGAAGUUGAAGGUGGAGAAAGUGGAGGGCUCCUGUAGGAACCCCCAACUCCCACAUGUGCUCAGAGAACAACUACAGGAGCUGGGAGUUCAUACAUACUCGAGCCCUGAACACAGAACUGAUCAUGUUCCUUCAGAGCAGAGAGAGGAGCAUCUAGUCAAAGUCCUGCCUCUCUUCAUACAGGUCUGUGAGGAUGGAGGCAGACUUGAAGGUUUGGACAUGAAGGGGCUUGCAGCUCUCACAGCUGAUACUGUCAUCCAUAAUAUCCACAAAAAACUGACAGAAAAGCCUGCAGAGGUGGCUCGUGGUGAGGUGGUGCAGUUCUUCCAGAGGCAGGAUACUAAGGAGACAAACUGUGAGGAGAAAGACAAUCAAGGAUGGCUGCUGCUGAAGUCUCUGCUGCUGCUGACAGCUGACAGCUCAGAUAUACUGUCCUGUAUAAACCCAGGGCUCCCUGCUGCUUUGGUGAAAUGUAUGUACCUGCUAGUGUGCCUUCCAGCUAAAAAGGAGACCUUGGCAAUAGAAGAAACCUUUCAAGAGCCAUUAACGCAGGUUCUCCUUCAGCUCUGCAGACAGCCAGUCAAUGUGGAGAGACUGGUGGAAACUCAAGAACUGCAGUGUCUCAUCAUUGGCCUCACGUCACUAUGGGAUCAGACCAGUGCCACAUGGAGACAUCAGGCAUCUCGCGUCCUAAAGACGGUCUCUGCUGUAGCAACAAGCAACACUGUCCCAUGCUUGCAAGAAAAGAACUGUGUGCGUAUCUGCAUCCAGAACCUGCUGCACAUCAGCGCUGAUGUCUCAGGACAGCUGCUAGCUGAGGUGGCCGUAGCUGUGUUCAGCUUCAUUCGAGACACUUAUCCUCUCAACCAGGCCCUCUUCGUGGAGUUUGACACCAACAAUGGCUACAAGGCAUUUGAGAACAUCCUGAAACGGUGUGAGGAAGGUGUUUCGGUGGAUCAGUUCCAGCCUGUGGAAGAGUUACUGGCUCUCAUUGCGUCCUUCACUUUGCUUGGAAAAACUGAGCUGAAAGUGGCUGUUUGUGUCACCAAUCCCCAACCUCCAGCCUUUAAGUUUGACCCACCGCUCACUAAAGGAUCAGCAGUAAAAAACCUGCCCGCCUUCCACCUGCUGCAGGCCUCCUUGCUGCGUUCCCAGGAUUCUCAGCUGUGCUGCCAGCUUCUUCGAACCCUGCAGACAAUAUGGGAGAGGGACCCAGCCAAUUUCUUCCUCUUGGAGUGGAGUGUCCAGUCGAUGGCCCAGCUGGCUGCCUGUGUGUGGCGUAAACCAGCACCUGUCCAAAAACUGUUCUUCUCACUGCUGGAGAUGGUGAUAUUUAAGUUGAACUACAUCCCCCAUGAGACCCUGCGGGCACUGCUGGGUGUGCUGAAGCAAAACUGGGCUGGGACAGUGGCUGGAGGAGUGGCAGGGACAGAGUUUGGAGUGGUGGCUCUCAAGUGUUUUCACAGGUUGACAGUGCACAGUGGCAUGCUAUCUGAGGUGCUGAGUGACUGGGGCCUGCUGGAGCUGCUGCUCAACGAGCUUCGUCGGAGAGCUAAAAUCCUCAGGAAGGCUGGAGUUGUCUCUUCCCCACAAAUGAAUCCCCAGCAGCUGCCAAGUGUGGAAGACAGUGAGAGACUGCUCACUACCUGCAUGCUUCAAGUCGUGUCAACUCUCACUCUGCGUUCAAUAAAAAACACAGUUUCAGUGCGAGACCUUGGUAUGGUUCCCUACAUAAAGAUCUUUUUGGAUGAGGAUCAGUAUCGAGGUCCCACUCUGAGCAUUUUGGAGCAGCUUGCUGAAAUUAAUCCUGAGGAGUUUAUGAGUACAGCCAUAGGAGCCCUCUGCUCCUCUACGCAGCAGGAACUCGGUUUGAAGAGGGACCUUUUGCAGUCGGUGCUGAGGGUGCUGGAAAGCCCCAACAGCUGGGACGCUUUCAGGAGAGCAGGAGGCUUCGCUGGACUUCUCUCUCUGGUCAUUGACAUGGAGGGAGCCUUGUCUGCCCCUCCUCAGGGACAAGUGUGGAAGUCCCUGGGGCACAAACCGCUAUUGGACCUCCUCCUUCUCACUCUUCACAUUCUUGCCUUGGCGGUGCAUCUUCACACAGUAAACGCACACCAUUUUGAGACUGGUGGCUUUUAUGAAAGGCUGGCAGAGGCCCUACUCCAGCUGGGCUGUUUCCACACAGACGGCCCAGAGACAGAGCAGUUUGAUGGAGAGGACGGCUCUUUUCUCAAGACUGCAGAGGAGGAUCAGUCUUCUGGAAAGAGCUUCCACCAGUUUGUAGAGCUAGCAGAGGCUCCUGAAGCUCCCUCCUCUCCCUCCACCAAACUGCAACCCAAACUGCCUGUCACUCUUCAGACAUGCAUAAGGCUGCUCUCCUACCUCGACCAGUUUGCCACAGGGACCUACUCUCCUCAGGAGUUGAACAUGGGACUAGAGCCAGAGGAAGGGUGUGACGGAGAUAAAGACAAACUAAAUGGACCAGCAGGGCAUGGAGGGAUGUAUUCAGGGUCCCCCCCAGUCCACUUAGGAUCAGGCCCGCAGUCUCUGGAGGACACACAGGGAAGAUCCAGAAACAAGGCACCCAGUAUUUCCACAGUCUGCUCAGAGACUCAGUACAGUAGGUUCACCUGCGAUCAUAUUAUUCUCCAUCCAGGAGCAAUCCGGGUUAUUAUGACUCUCCUUUCAUCAGUGUUUACUCCUGAGGACCCACAGCUCUCUAUGGAGGUCCAGUUCUCACUGGCGCAUCACAUCCAGGCCAUGGUUAAAUCUGAGAGAAACCGCCAGAUAGUGUGCGAGGGGGGGCUGGUCUCCACCCUGCUGGCGCACUGUCAGAGCAUGUUGCUGGCUCCAAACCACCCGUUACAUCUACCAGUUACUCGUAUCUUGGAGAAGCUCUCCUCACAGGCCAUCACACAUUCAGACUUUAGAAAGUUCCUGUGUUUAGGGGACCCGCUCAUGUGCAUCGCAGACAAAACAGCCAGAAAAUCACAACCAGAAUGUCACCCACCAAUCAAAACUCCGGUUGUUUCAAAUGGUCACAGUACAGAUACAGAUGACUCGUCUGGAUCUUCAGUUAAGACACUAAAGCGGGGCUUCAGUUUGUUGCAGUCUUCAACUUGCAGUGAAUCCCCGGUUGGUUCGACAAUCCCUGUCCACCAGAUCAUCAGUCUGGUGUCCAUGACGUCACCGCGCACCUUCAGGCCACACAAAGUCUCCUCUUCACCUGCCUUUGUAGAGUUUGACAUGAGUGAAAGUGGAUACGGCUGCCUCUUCCUGCCGUCUCUGGCCACAGUUAAAGGAGUGACUGCUGAUGCAGUCUCAACGGGUGGAAUUGGAGGAGACUGCCGGGGUUUUCCUCCCGCAGCUGGUCUCUCAUUUUCCUGCUGGUUCCAGAUCAACCGCUUCAGUUCAGCCUGUGAUUCCCACCCAAUCCGUCUACUGUCAGUGGUUCGCCACAUGUCCCGGACUGAACAACAGUACAUCUGUCUGUCUAUCUCCUUCUCAGCUUAUGACGGCUGUCUGGUCAUCUCCACAGAGGAGGAAGCAUUUACAUACCUGGAUAUGAUGGAGCCAGAAAUUUGCUCUCCAACUUCUUUACCUACGUCACUGAGGUUUCGCUGCUCCAGCAUGCUGGUCCCAAGUCAGUGGCACCACCUGGCUGUGGUUAUGGCCAAAGAUGUGAAGAAGAGCUGUCUGACUUCAGCAUACUUAAACGGCAAAGCAGUGGGGACAGGAAAGAUGAGGUACAUACAGCCGUUUCCUGGUCAAUAUGUCUCCAUGGACCCUGCGGCUGUGAUCGACGUGUACGGACUGAUAGGAACACCGGCUCUUUGGAAGGAGCAUGCUGCUCUUGUAUGGCGAGUGGGCCCAUCUUACCUGUUUGAAGAAGCUUUGAGCGCAGAGGCUGUGGGUGCCAUAUACACACAAGGCACCACAUACCAGGGCAACUUCCUGGCUUUGUGCAACACAGGUCAUGAUCCAGAUGCUGAGUCUGUCCCUCUCAGGCUGGUUCCUGAGGAGCGCAUCUCAUUUGGUAUGAACCCAGCAAUUUCUACAUUAACGACUGUGGUGCAGAUCAGAGAGGAUUACAACGAGGUGGACUGCAGACUUAUUGCUAAAGAGAUGGGGAUAACAUCUCGGGAUCAGUCCACUCCGGUGUUCCUGGCUCGAAACAUCAGCCAGCACCUGAGCGGUACAGCUCGUACCAUAGGAGCAGCCCUGGUUGGACAUUUUGGUGUGCGUACAUUCACACCCAGAAGUGCAUCCGAUGGUUUCCUGUACGUCGGUGGACCUGCAGUUGUCCUCAGUCUAGUUGCGAUGGCGCCAGAUGAUAGCUCUCUGUACGCAGCGGUUAAAGUUCUUCUCUCUGUACUGGAGACCAACUCUGCCAUGCAGCGGGAAAUGAGCCGCAUCAAUGGAUACAAGCUGCUAGCUUUCCUGCUGAAGAUGAAGCACAGUCUGGUCAGCUUCAGAACCUUUCAGCUGGUUCUGUAUCUUUCGAAGUCAGUGGAGAUGAGCUCUGGGUCGGGCUACCUACACAGCACACCUGCUUUCCAGGCUCUGCUAUGUGACCUGGAGGUGUGGCAGAACACAUCCGACAAUCUGGACCUUUCAGUUUUGAACCACUUUGCUGAAAUCCUGAACUCUUCGAGCGGUGACAGCAGGAAUGCAGCGGUCAUGCACAGUAUGGGGCUGCUACCAAAGCUGCUGUUUGAGCUUUGUGAUCCUGCUGUGACAGUUCAGAAGGUUAAGAUCAUUUCAUGUGUCAUUACAUCCCUCCUAAAAGCUCACCUCACCCCUCCUGACAUAAGCAGACUCGGGCUCUUCCUGGUCUACACACUCCCUCCUCUCAGUAACAUGAAUGAAGGAAAUGAGAUAUCUGACGGCGAUCUUUCAAAGGAUACGCAAGCUCAGAGCUCUGAUCCCUCCAGUCUCAUCUGGAUCCGCAACCAGCUGUUACUCUCUGUUUGUGAAAUCCUCAACUCAGACAACCUUCUAAUCAAAGAUGGGCAGAAGACUGUAUUCGAUGCCCUGGGGAGUGAUUGGUUCCUGCUCUUCCUUCAGCCCCACCUUCACUCUUCCACCUUGAAACUGGGUCUCAUCCUGCUCACACACUUUCUGUCGAAUCCCAGCCAGCAAAGCAGUUUCAGAGAGGGGGUCCUCCCAGCAACACUCAUAGAGGGCAUGGAGGAACCGUUUGCUGCCUUGGACAACCUCAGAGCCCAUUCUUGGUCUUACGAGUGCCUCAGCACCACGUGUCCAGGCUUUGAUGUCCUUCAGGGGCUGCUGAUCAGACACACUCACCUGCCUCAGGUGUUUGAAGUCGUGGCUGCUUUGCUGCUACGGAAGAAAGCCACUUUCACUGCAGAGGGAAAGGUGACUUUGGAUGACGUCCUACAGUCAUUGAUUGACAGCCAAACAGACUCUCCUGCUCAACAGCUCUGUGUUGAGGCUGCAACAAUUCUGCUGGAAUUAGUCAAAGUUGUGAUCACUCAGCCUCCUACUCCCCCAGCAAAGCUCAUAUCAGAUACUGAUGCAUCAUGGGAGAUUUCCCAGGUCCCAGCAAGUGUGAUGCAGUUCCUCUGUCUUCUCCAUAAUCUGCGGCCCAGAGACCUACUGUGGGUCUCACCAGAGUUCCUCCACACACUUGCUGGAGUUGUGUACCCUCUGGAUGUUUCAGAGGUUGGAGUUGAACCUUGCGCAGUGAGUGAAGAUAAGGACACACUCAAAAAUCAUCCAAACAGGAAGCCAGUGUGUGACUUCAUUCGUAUUCUGCUGAUGGACAGUCUGUUUAAUAUGUCUGCCAACACCAAUGCACAUCCUCUAAUUCUGUUGCUGGAGUUUUCUCCUGAUGGUGCAUCCUUGGAACAGAGGCAGAGUUUCCAGACUGAGCUGCUCGAAUUGAUCAUGGACAUCAUCCACAUGCUCAGCAACGAGGAUGAAAACAACACUCAUCUCACCUCACAAGACUGCAGUCAGACUCCUGAGAGACAGAUGGGCACGCUGAUGGAGAAUGUGGUGUUCUUCAGUAAGACGCUGCUGCAGAAACUUUACAGCGGAACAUUCUUGGGAGACUCUGAGAGUUUGAUCAACUUCCUUGCAGAUCAGAUUGUGGUGGCUCUGGAGAAAGGCCAAACUCAGAAGGAAAAGACCGUGUCGGCCCUCUACUCGUGCAGCAAUAAAGCCCUGCUUUAUUUCUUGUCUCAACCGCGACAUUCCCAAGAAGAAAAGGACGCCGUCGUCAGGACGUUACAGACUUUCAUGGAACGCUGGGAUGUUGUCAUGGCAACUUACAAUUCAAAUUUGAACUUCGUUACCUGCCUUCUUCAUUGUCUGUUAUUGAUACGAUCGGGCAGCUACCCUGAAGGUUUUGGAUGUGUGGCACAGAAAGUGCCUCAAAGGAAAACUUCGUCUCCCCAGUUUGCUACCAGAAGUAAACAUUCUGCCUGCCUCAGCAACGGAGCAGACACGAUCACAGAUGACAGAGAGCUAGUGUCCUUAGCAGAGGCCUGCUGGUCAAAGGUCAUGGCAGAGAGGCAGCACAUGCUUGAGGAAACUUAUAAGAUAGAGAUCUCAGCGAGCCCCACAGCUCAAACAGGGCCUGUCAGCAUGACUGACAUCAGCCCUCUGUGGGAGGAGACGGCGAACAAAACCUGGCUGCUGCACACAGAUUCUCAGAAGAAGAAGAUGGGCAACAGUUCUCAAAAGACGUUUGAUAUGAUCAGCAGUGCUGUUCGCUCAGCUUUGGGCAGAUCAGGCAAAGAGUCAGGAACAGUAGAGGAGUUUCUAUCCUACAUGGAGUCACAUCGACAGAGAGGCCACAGCAUGUUUGAGAAUAUGAGGACAAACCACUUACAGUUAAGAGCCAGUGAGUGGGAGCGGGUGAGCUCCAGGUGGCUGCAAGUGGAGGCCGAGCUACUGAGGGAGAGAGCUGUGUUUGGCCCUGGCCCAGGGGUGCUGCUGAGCAGAGACUGGGUGCAAGAUGCCGCUGAAGGACCCAACCGGACCAGAUCACGCAUCCGCAGAAAGGCUCUCAGACGAUCCAAACGGGUGCUGGGAACGCUGUGUCUGGGUUUAAGGACUGGCAUGUCUGAGGUGGCCCAAAAUAGCACAGACGGUGACACAGAGCCCAAGAUCCUGUGUGAAGUCGGAGCAGAGGUUAAAGAGGACGAAGAGGAGGGAGGAAAGGAUUGUGACCGUCUGACCUUCUUUCCCGUCCUGAAUGAGACACCUGCUGUCACUGAGGGUCCACCCGACCCCUUCACCCCCGACCCCUGCUCCCACACGCAAGACUGCCACGACAUACGAAUCAUUCUGCAGGAGCUGCACCCUGGAGAGGAGGUAAAGGCGAAGAUGUGUGUAGUGACGGUGAGCGGCCUCAGAGUGACGGAGGGGGUGCUGCUGUUUGGGAAGGAGAGCCUGCUCCUGUGUGAAGGAUUUACUCUGAGUCCUGGUGGAGAUGUUUGUUGCAGGAAACACCACCCCAGCAGUGUACGUGAUUCCUAUAUUUCCACCAUGCUGAGUAAAGAGCUGCCACCAGCACGCUGCAGAUGCUGGCCCUAUGAGGACAUCAAGGAUGCUCGCUUCAUACGUUUCCUCUUAGAGGACAAUGCUAUUGAAGUCUUCAUGAAAAACGGACUGUCGGCCUUCCUGGUAUUCCUGAAUAAAGAUCAUGUCUCUGCAUAUAAAAGGUUGUGCUCGGUAGUGUCAGCAUUAAAAGGCAGAGGGGUUGCUGAAGUCCUUGCAAAUGCAAGGAAGGCUCCUGUGGUUGAAAAGGCAGCCCUUGUUAAAUGGCAGAAAGGGGAAAUAAGUAACUUUGAGUACUUGAUGCAUCUGAACACCAUUGCUGGGAGGACAUACAACGACCUGAUGCAGUAUCCAGUCUUCCCCUGGGUCUUAGCGGACUACCAGUCAGAGACACUCGAUCUGUCAAAUCCUGCAACUUUCCGUGACCUCUCGAAGCCGAUGGGAGCUCAGACAGAGAAAAGAAGACAGAUGUUCAUUGAAAGAUAUGAAGAGGUUGAGAACAUAGAGGGUGAAGGAGAUUUGUCGACACAAUGCCACUACUGUACCCACUACUCCUCAGCCAUCAUCGUAGCCUCCUUUCUUGUCAGGAUGGAGCCGUUUUCACACACUUUCCAGGCACUGCAGGGAGGGUUCGAUAUCCCAGAGCGGAUGUUUUACAGUGUGAAGAAGGAGUGGGAGUCGGCCUCCAGAGACAACACGGGAGACGUCAGAGAGCUGAUCCCAGAGUUCUUCUACCUGCCUGACUUCCUGCUCAACUCCAACCACAUCCAGCUGGGCUGUAUGGAGGAUGGAACCGCUCUGGGAGAUGUGGAGCUGCCUCCAUGGGCAAAAGAUGACCCGCAAGAGUUCAUCAGAAUCCAGCGAGAGGCCUUGGAGAGUGACUAUGUGAGUGCCCACCUCCACCUGUGGAUCGACUUGAUUUUCGGGUUUCGGCAGCAAGGCCCUGCCGCUGUAGAGAGUGUGAACACGUUCCACCCUUACUUUUAUGCUAACAGAGGCCGGCAGGAUGCCAAGGACCCCCUCAUCAAAAGCACAAUUUUGGGAUAUGUCAGCAACUUUGGCCAGGUUCCCAAACAGCUCUUCACUAAGCCACAUCCGCCUCGCAGUGGCACUAAGAAAGAAGGAUCAUCACCACAUCCGACUCCAUUUUUCUUCAAACUGGAUAAACUGAAGACCACUGUGCAGCCGUUCAGAGAGCUGUCGAGAGGCCCAGUAGGCCAGAUACUGUGUCUGGAAAAAGAGGUCAUGGUCCUGGAGAGAAACCGCCUCCUCUUGUCGCCUCUGUUGGGCUGCUUCUUCAGCUGGGGCUUCCCUGACAACAGCUGUGCCUUUGGAAACUAUUCCACAGAAAAGACCUUUGCUGUGUGUGAGAGUUUGUGUGACUGGGGGGAGACGUUAUGCGCCGCCUGUCCCAACUCGACGACCAUCAUCACUGCAGGAACCAACACUGUGGUGUGUGUGUGGGAUGUAGCUGUGAGCAAAGACAAACUCACUCACAUGAAACUCAGACAGCCGUUAUACGGUCACACAGAUUCAGUGACAUGCCUGGCUGUGUCUGACAUCCACAGCAUAAUAGUUAGUGGCUCCAGUGACCUCACCUGUAUCCUGUGGGAUAUGGAGGAGCUAAGCUACGUCACCCAGUUAGCAGGACACACAACCAGCGUCUCUGCACUGGCUAUCAAUGAACUCACAGGUGAGAUAGCGUCAUGUGCAGGACCUCUGCUCUACCUGUGGACCAUGAAGGGUCAGCUGCUGACCUGCACCGACACUUCCUGCGGGCCUCGGGCAGACAUCCUGUGUGUGAGCUUCACGCAGCGACACCAGUGGGAUGCCAAGAACGUCAUCGUCACCGGUUGUGCAGACGGCAUAGUACGGAUAUGGAAGACAGAGUACACCAGAACACAAUUACCUGGCCCUCCAGAAGAGCCUGUGUCCCCAGGGCAAGACGGAGCUGAGAGAGACGCGAGCCGCUCAUGCCAGGUUAAAGGCUGGGAGAGACAUCUGCUAUUGUGUCAGGAGCUGGACAGAAGUCUGGCCGUGUCGCAACGUCGCAGCAAGAAUAAUCCUGCCAUCACAGCGUUGGCCAUGUCCAGGAGCCACGCUACUCUGUUGGCAGGCGACGCAUGGGGCAGAGUUUUCAACUGGACCUGUGAGUGAGAGGUGGCCGGGUUUGAACACAAACGUGCCUCCAGCCAUCAUUUUAACACAGCUUUUAUCCUCUCUGAGAGACGCUGACACAGAAAAUCCAUCAGUGUCUCAGUGUUUGACACCAGCUGAGCACUGAAACAUUUGUGCAUUCAGGGUGAACUACAUGUUACAAUGUGUGGUACAUUCAAGUCUCAGAUGAUGUAGAAUAUUUUACCUCCUAUUAAGAUAUUUAAUUCUGUAUGUUUUAUUGUAAAUACUGAAUUAUAAAAAAAAAUGUGAACAAACCUA